AUGUAUCACGACACGCCUACCCUCCACUAUCGCGAAGGCUUUCCGCCGGCGAAUCCGUCAGAGCCUCCAAUCGAUCAGCAGACGGUUAACCCAGAUAGAAGAGGACCUAUAGGAUCAGCUGGUGAAAUGUACCCAAAUCAGGGUGGAAUCGGAAGCGGGAAAUGGUGGAAUGGGAUCUGGCGCAAGACCUGGUCCUCCUCCCUAUUAUGGUGGGGAAAUUGGUUCAGGAAUAGGCUCAGGAGCUAUGCCGAACUAUAUCCUUCCGGUGGAAUAAUAGGUUCCGCAGGUGCUCCAAACUAUCCACGACCUGGAGAAAUUGGAUCGGGAAUAGGAUCAGGAGUGGCACCAAAUUAUCCUCAAGGACCAGGUUUUGGUCCGGGGAUAGGAUCUGCAGGGGCUCCAAACUAUCCUCCACCAGGAGGUAUAGGCUCAGGAAUAGGAACUGGAGUCACUCCAAAUUAUUCUCAUGGUGGUGGCAUCGGACAUGGCGCCAAUCCUAUGAGACCGUAUCCAGAGCCUGCACCACCAAUCGGCCACGGCGGCAUAGGAACUGGUGUAGUUCCGCUCAGACCUUAUGAAGGGGAACUGAAUCAUGACCCUCCGCCACCACUCGGUCGCGAUGUUACCCCUGCAGGACCUCAUAUGAGGGGUAUUGGUGGUAUUCGAAUCGGUGUCGCUCCGUACAGACCCUUCGAUGGAGACCACAAUGGCGAUCAUCAUGGACAUCGCGACUGCUGCUAG